GCUCCUGCCACUACUUGCAAACUGACUGAACAAUGCGGCUCCGCGAUUCUUCUAUGUUUCCAUGGAAAUUUCUCUAUUUUAUCCUCUCCGACGGUCAGAUGUAGGGGACGCCCUGGUCUUUGACACCACCCCUCUCAUCUCUUGCCUGGUGUAAUAAUUCAUGACGACCGCCCCUGCUCAGCGAAAACCUUACAGCGGUCGUCACCGAAAGUUGGUGAUGUCCUUUGAUCUGGGAACCACUUUCAGCGGUAUCUCGUAUAGUAUACUUGAUCCUGGAAUUGUUCCAGAGAUAAACGGAGUGACAAGGUUCCCUUUUCAAGAUGCUGGUAGCGAUGCCAAGAUACCAACGAUCAUGUACUACGAUGCAUUCGGGAAUCUUAGAGCUGUAGGUGCAGAGACACAACAUCCGUCUGUAGAAGAAGCUGCCCUGGCAGAGGGGUGGAUGAAGUACUGCGAAUUCAAAUUGCACUUUGGGCCUCAAACAGCGUCGGAGUGCCUGCAACAACUUUCUCCUCUAAAAGAGAUUACGACGCUCUUCGCCGACUUUUAUACUUACUUAUACACUUGCGCCAAGUCCUUCGUGCAAGAAACUCAUCAUAUCUCGUCCUCCGAAUGGUCCAGUCUGGAAGGCGGUAUUCACUUUGUACUCGCACACCCGAACGGCUGGGAAGGCGAACAUCAAAACAAAAUGAGAGAUGCGAUGAUAGCUGCUAGGCUUAUCAGCAAUGGUGAACAAGAUCAUUCGCGCGUGUCUUUCGUCACCGAAGGCGAGGCUAGUCUUCACUUUUGUUUAAACAAAGGCCUCUCGCGAUACACCUCGAAUGAAGACGGUGUCAUCAUUGUUGAUGCUGGAGGUGGAACUGUUGACAUUAGUACAUACUCCAGGGCUGGUGCGUCCGAAAGCAAUCGAUGUUUCGAAGAGAUCACUAUCCCCCAGUGUCGAUUAUCGGGCUCCGUGUUCGUUACCAGGAAAGCUCAGAUUUAUCUUCAAGACAAAUUAAAAGGAACCUCUUACGCUGAGAUGGUCGAUACUAUUGCUGAUUACUUCGACAAGACGGCGAAGUUACGAUUCAGGAAUGCUGAAGAGCCAGCAUAUAUCCAGUUUGGUACCAUUCGAGACAAUGACCCUGCUCUAGGUAUCCGUGGAGGGAGACUUGCAUUGCCCGGGAGCACUGUUGCUGGAUUUUUCGAGCCAUCUUUAAAUGAUAUCAUUCAAGCUAUCAACUAUCAGCGUUUGACAUCGCCCAAAAAUAUAUCUGCUGUAUUCCUCGUCGGAGGAUUCGCUGCCAGCAAUUUUAUCUACGCGAAAUUACGUGCGCGCCUUCAAUCCAUUGGUAUACAACUUUCUCGUCCCGAUAGCCAUGUCAACAAGGCCGUCGCAGAUGGUGCUGUCUCUUUCUAUAUUGAUCAUGCGGUGAAUGCCAGGAUGUCGAGAUACAACUUUGGGGGAAAGGAGUUCACCUCUUACGAAGAAUCGAUCCCUGAGCACCGACAUCGCUCAGAUAAGGCCUAUAUAGCCGCCAACGGCGAACUGUCUUUGGGAGAUCAAUUUGAACCUAUUCUUCCCAAAGGUAUUCUAGUGUCUGAGACGACAGAGUUCAGGCGCACCUACCAUAUGUACUCCGAGACCCUAGAGGACUUGACAUCGAUAUCAGAUGAUAUAAUCUGUUAUAGAGGCUCGAAGAUAGAUCCGCGCUGGAUGGACACCGAUGAAGUGCUUUGCACAAUUACGGCCGAUACUCAACAGGCAGCGAAAACACUCAAACCUCAACGUGGACCCGAUGGAAGGAUAUUCUACAGGCUUGACUACGAUGUCGUCUUGCUUUUCGGUCUUACAGAGCUGCAGGCAUACUGUGUCCUGGAGGGGAGAGAGAAAAGGCAAGAUGAAUUUUCAUUUCACUCAGAGUCUCUCCGAUCUCACCGCUACUAUCGCAGAGGUCCCGCUCGUAUUAUCUAUUCCCAGCAUCUCUAA